AUGUGUUAUAGUGUUUAUCCUACUGCAGCUGCGUUAUCGGCGGCAUGGAAAAAAAAAGAAAAUGGAUUUUUUGUUAUUGAUUUACGAGGCAUGAUAACGGAAAAGUUGCAACUAUUAAAGGCAGCAGAUAUAUUAAUGAUGGAUGCAUUUGUAGAUUAUUUAGAGGCAGAUUUAAUUAGGACUGAGAGAUCUUGGGUAAAUGAGAAAAGUAGUGAAGUAUUAUAUGUAGCAUUACAAAUAUCACGAUGUAAAGAAUUAGUGUCAUUGUGUAAUGACGCAAUUUUACGUCAUCCAAAGGCCUUCAUAAGCUCUAAGGAAUUUUUAUUCAUGCCGCAUGACUACGUGGCCAGUUUGAUAGAACGAGACAUAUUGGGUUUGGACGAAAUAGACAUUUUUGCUGCGGUUAUCAUGUGGGGUAUCAAUAACACACCUGGCAUUUCACUCGCUGACGACUUUUCAACCUGGACAACCGAUAAUAUAACCACACUACAAUCUAAUGUAAUACAACUAAUUUCACAGAUAAGAUUUUUCCAAAUGUCACCGGAUGAUUUCAUGAAAAAAGUAGGCCCGUUAACUAGAGUAUUUGCACCAGAACUUUAUGAUCAAGUUGUGGAGUAUCACGCAAACGCACAAUUUCAAUAUAUUUAUGACGUUCAGCCUUUACGCCUUAAUUCGACGAUAAUUAAGGAGAAUGAAGAGCCAGCGCUAAUUUCCUAUUGGAUAAAUCAUCCGGAUACAGACUGUGAUCUUCCAGAAAAUCUACCGUUUGGAACAUUCGACAAAAUUCCAUUUGACUUUCAUUUAAUUUUUCGAUGUCCUGGUAAUGAAUUAGCUCAAACUGCAUGGAGAGACCUGUGUUAUGAUCAAGGACCAACAAUGACAAUAAUUAGAACUAAAAAUCAAAACGAAGAUGAAGCGGUGGAAAUGGAUUCAUAUUUGGAUACUUAUGGCAACAACGAAAAUUAUUACUUCCGUGAUGGUGUGGAAGUGUUUAUUGAUUUUCGCCAUGGGGAAAAGUUAUUGGCCCAUGCUAACGGUUUCGAGGAUUUAGAAGAAACCAUAGAAGAAUUAGAGGUCUUUCGCGUUGUAAGAAAAGUAUCGGAUGAAGGGUGA